AUGUUUUCCCUUCGAGGCGCCCUCCGCUUCCUCGGAACCAGCCUUCUCCUCCUCGGGGCUGAUGCCGCUUCCUUUUCAAAUCCGCUCAAGGACCCCAAUGGCAGUGACCCGUACAUGGUCUAUGUGGAUGGGUACUACUACCUGACCACGACGACCUGGUCCGAUGUCCAGAUUACCCGAGCUACCACGCUCGAGGGUCUGAAGACCGGCGAGGUGCAGGUUGUAUGGAGCGAUACCGAGCCCAGCCGAUGCUGCCAUCUGUGGGCGCCCGAGUUCCACCAGAUUGACGGAAUUUGGUAUCUGUACUACACCGCCGGCACCAGCGGUGACAGCGUCGACAACCAGCACGUCCAUGUCCUCCAGGGCGGCUCCUCCCCCUGGGACUCCUACAGCUACCUCGCGCAAGUAACGCCAGAAUGGGGCAUCGACGGGACAGUCCUCACAAUCGCCAACCAAAACUACCUGAUCUGGUCAUGCAUGGCCAACGGCAUCCAAUGCAACUGCAUCGCAACGCUCGACACGCCCUCCACAAUCGGCGAAACACACAUUCUCUCCGAGCCCCUCGAGCCCUGGGAGACCGUCGGCGCGCCCGUGAACGAGGGCGCGGCGCCCCUCUACCACGACGGCAGCAUCUGGGUCGCGUACUCGGCGAGCUACUGCUGGACGGCAAACUACUCGCUCGCCCUGCUGGAGUACGAUGGGUUCGGGGACCCGCUGGAGCAAAGCUCUUGGACGAAGUCCGAUGGACCGGUGUUCGUUUCGGCGGAUGGGAACUACGGGACUGGACAUAACUAG